AUGCACUAUAAACUUUUGCUUGCUUUGUUCGUUCAGUCGUCUGUGACAUUUAUAUUCUUCCUUAUUCCAGUCAUCAGUGCUAUUGUUCUCGUUUUGACUGGUUAUCAAAAUCAAGUCUACAAUAAUAUCAUUGUGCUUGCAGUAGCAAUUCAUGGAAUUGCAUCCACAUUGAUCAUGGUUGUUGCUCAUACGCCAUAUCAAGAAUUCGUGUUCUGGCCGUUCAAUCGAAAUCGGAAAAGACCUGCAACUAUUGUUGUUUCAAUUCAUCCAUCUUUCAGACUUGUCUGA